UUCUUAUAGAAGGGUAUGUUUCUAUCUUCUUCCUCUUCUUUUUUUAUAGUUAUAUUAAAGUUUGAUUUUUAUUUUUGCACAGGUUAUGGACAAAGAACUAUCGAAAACAAGGAUGUGCUAGAAGGAGAAAGCGUGAAACUAGAAUGUCGUCCACGCUCAUCUCUUGUGACAAGUAACACUGCUUAUAACUGGAUUAGUGUUGUAAAUGAAUCAUACAGUGUUGCCUUCAAUGAUGUCAUUUUGGACACUCAUUAUAAACUUGAUUAUUUCCCCGAUCAAGGAAAAUACGAUCUGACUAUUACCAAAGCGCUAUACGAGAAAGAUAAUGGAAGAGAAUUAACAUGUAGAGUCCACUACGACUUAUCUUCAGCUUCUUCUGAAAUAUAUACAGUAAAUUACGUCAUUACAGUUCUAAUUCCACCAGGUGAGCCUCGUAUUGUUCCUGCCACUCCACUCGCAAGGGAAGGUAUACCUUUUGAACUUACCUGUAGCAGUCAAGGUGGAAGUCCAGAUCCUGUAAUUCAGUGGUAUAGGGAAGGAACUGCCUUAUCCAGUCCGACAAAAAAUGGAGGUUCCAGAGAUCAUCCAACAUACAAUAUUCUUACAAUUCAUCCAAGAGUAGAUGAUGAUGGAAAGAAAUACAGAUGUACAGUUUGGAACAGAGCUAUCAGAGAAGAAGAGAGGAGAGAAGCAUCUAUAAAGUUACAUGUUCAUUAUUCUCCCCGCUUAACUGUUGGUCCUUACAAUCCAUUAAAUGUUAUGGUUGAUACUGAUGCAUUCAUGACAUGUUCUGCUGUUGCUAAUCCUGCAGUUAGAAUGAUAAAAUGGGUAAAAAAUGGUCAGUUUCUUUCAAACAAACUCAAUCACACAAUUACUGCUGUAACACCAGAAGAUAGUGGAACAUAUACUUGUAUAGCCGAUAAUGGAAUAGGAGAACCAACAAAAGCAGAUCUAAAACUCUCAGUAUUAUAUGGACCUAAGGUUAGUUUGUUACCAGACAAAGAAAUUACACUAGGCAAAUCAGUAAAUGUGAAAUGCAAUGUAGCAUCUAAUCCUCCUCCACAUAAUCUUCAAUGGCUAAAGCAAGGUGAUCAAUACUUUCAUCAAAAUGGAGAUAUGUUGAGGUUAACUAGUAUUUCAGCAGAAGAUGCAGGAAAAUAUACUUGUCAAGCCACGACAACAUUGAGACCAUCUGGUACAACCAUACAAAAAGAAGUAACUAGCAAUGCUACAAUUUUGAUUUAUGUUAGGCAUAAACCUGGUGAGACAGAAAUAUUACCACGCAAUCCAAUAGCUAUUGCGGAAAAACCAUUUACUUUAACCUGUUCAGUGAGACCUCCAGGAUGGCCACUUCCAGAAUAUUCAUGGUGGAAAGAAGGUCAAGAAAAAUCAGAAUCUAGCCAUGGUAUUAAUUACACCAUUAUUUCUGUUCAUGUUAGUCAUGAAGGAGAUUAUUUUUGUCAGCCAGAAAAUGUUCUUGGACAAGGUUCUAUUGGAUCAGUUUAUUUAACUGUACAUGAACAACCAAGAAUUUCACUUCGUCUAAAACCUCAAAAUAGUAAAAAAACUGGUGAUAUAGGAUUCAGUAUAACAUGCAGGGCAAGAGGAAAACCAAAGCCUUCUGUGAAAUGGUUUCAUCGUGGAAAAGUUAUAUUAGAUAAUAGCUCUAUUUAUAGGAUAGAAACUUUAGAUAAUAUAGAAGAUAAUAAUGCAUAUUCUGUACAAAGUACAUUAAUUUUUGAAGGACUAGGCCGCAAAGGAAAUGCAUUAAAUGCUGAUGAUAGAGGCCUUUAUAUAUGUGAAUUUGAAAAUAAUGUUGGUGAACCAGCACAAUCAGAGAUGAAUUUACGCAUUGAACAUUCUCCAAUUAUUAGACACACAUAUAAUCGUAUUGCAUUUGAUGUUGGGGAGUUAGCAAUACUUCAGUGUAAGAUGCAAGCUUAUCCACAACCAAUGUUUGAAUGGCAAUAUGAUAAGAGGAUAUUAGAAAACUAUGGUAAUUACAAAACUAAUGUUACGGAUCUUGGUGAUGAUAUAUAUGUUGGAACUCUUUAUAUAAGAGACUUGAAAGAAGAUGAUUAUGGUGAAUACACUUGUAGAGUAUGGAAUCAGAUUGGAGGAGAUAAAAAGACCAUUGUAACUCUUGUCAAAAAAGGACCACCAGAAAGACCAUCAGAAUUAACAGCUGAUGCUAGCUCUGAUAGAGUCAAUUUAAUGUGGUUGGAAGGCUUCAAUGGUGGGAUGUCAAAUACUAAUUUUGUUGUUACUUACAUUAAUACAGAAACAAAUGAUGAGAAAAAUGAAUCGUGUCAUGCACAUAAUCCUUGCCAAAUAUUGGGUUUACAAUCCAAAACACAGUAUCGCUUUAAAGUUUUUGCAGUAAAUUCACGUGGUCACAGCCCUUAUUCGCCUGAAAUUGUUGUAAUGACUAAAGUGAAUUUAAAAGAUAUGCCCCGUGCUUCUGAUGCUUAUUAUGAUCGGACUUCAAAUAAACUUUAUUUUAAAGUAGAAAAGACUGAAUAUCCUCUUGCAGCAAAGGUAGAGGCACGUUCACCUGGAAGUGAAGAAUGGCAAUUACAAAAGUUAUUCCCUUUGCAAAAUUAUGAAGAGGAAAUAGAAAUAAAUCCUCCUGUUGAAGGAUUUACUGAUAUUAGAGUUGUACUUUGUCUUCAAACCAAUCAUUCUUGGUGUGGUGAUGAAAGAUUAGUUAGUCCUCUAAUUACUGUAGAAAAAUCCAAGGAAUCAAAACCAGCACUAUCAACAAUCAACAUUGUAAUCAUCAUUGUCAUUGCAGGCUGUGUUCUUAUCAUUUUAAUUAUUAGUGUGAUAUGUUGUUGUUGGUGUAGAAAAGGCAAAAAUGAGAAAAAGAACUAUGAAAUGGAAUCUGGAAGUGGCCAUCCAAAAACUGUCAGUGCUCCAUUUUAUUCUGAAGGACUCAAUAAAAGUAUUGAAAAUAAUCUAGAUCUUAAACCAAACAUAUAUAUGAGUAAUAUUGUGGAUGGUACUCCUGGAUCAUUGAAUAGCCAUAUGAUACAACAAUCUAAUAAUGGAAUGCUUUACAACUCUUCAAUAAGAGAUGGUAAUCCAACACUAGGGAGUGACGGACAGUCUGACAUGUGGAUUAAGUCUGGUGAUUAUCCACAAGAUAGUUCAUAUCAUCCUUAUGAUGCCAACAUGCCUAAUGGUUAUUUUUAUCCUGAAGAUUAUCAACCUUUAACUGAAGAAGUCAUGAAUAUUAAAAAUAGAGAACAUUUACGAGCACCAUACUAUGAUGUUAGUGGUUUGCCAGAUCCAUAUGCAAUGGGAGAAGAAGAAAAAACUCAACAAAUGUCUCUCUCUUUUGAUGAAAGUUUAGAGAGUGGUUAUUCAACUCCCAAUUCACGAUCUCGUAGAGUUAUAAGAGAAAUUAUCGUCUGAGUCAAUUUGCUCAAUCUGUUGCCAAAUAAAUAUCUUUAGAAAGUUAUUUGGUGUGGUUCAAUGAUCUCACAAUUGACUGAAAGAAAUGAAAGACUUCCUAGCAAGAUGUUCAGAAAUAAGAUAUUUGAGUUGAUAUUUACUGUUUUGGUAAGUGGAUAAUUAAUUAGCAUCGUAAAAAAGAAUCUUCAUGAGUGUGAUCAUUGAUGAAGUACUGCACAAUUAUCAUCUGGAUUGUGUUUAUCACAGUGUUUGAACUUAUUCAUCUUUACACCUGCCUUUGAACUAAGAGGCCAUUACUUAUUUGCAGAAUAAAAUAAUGCCAUGCAUUAUAAUAAUUUCUGUAGAUUUUUGGAUCCCAUCUAGAAAGUUUCAUUUCAUUAUUAUAAAUAGUUAUCUAUAUAUAUACAAAUAUAUAUAUAUAUAUAUAUAUACACACUUAAAUCAGGUCAAUGAAUUUUAAACAACCAAAGCUUUCACAAAAGUCAAAAUACUGCAUAGCUUUAAGAAGGUGGAAAAUGAAUUCCUCCCAGUUAAAAAGUAUGAAAAAGGAUUGAACUUGAAAUACAGUUAAUGAAUGGAGAUACGUCAUAACAGAAGUGAAAGAAUCAAACAGUUUUCCUAUAUAUUGUGGCAAUUAUAACAAUUUAUGAUAUUAUUUAUUGUUCUGUUGAAUAUUAAAUAAAGUCAUGUUAAUAGACAUUAGAAUUUUAACAAAUAGUUAUUGCAAGAUCUUAUAAUCAUUAAAACAGUUAAGUUUUGCUACGUUAAUAUAUUCAAAAUAAAGUUUAAAUUGUUUUAUAAGUAAUCAGUGAUUUCACUGAUACAGAAACCAGUAUUCAUUAUAGACUAUGUUAUAAUUACAUUUUUUAAGUAUUUCAAGCCUACAUUUGUGUAGGAAUUAAUAAUUGCUAUACAGUGCUAAUAAUUUGGCAAUGGUAUUAAUUAUUGCAGUGCCAAAUUUAUUGAAUGUGACAUAGCUGUAACUUUUAUUAACUUGUUUCUUCUAAGAAAAGAAACAAGUCUCAAUCAAAACUUCGCGGAAGAUUAGCCACAAGAGAUAGCUUCGACACAGUAUCGGACAAAGGAUUGAUUUGCUGUGUGAUAGCAGUAUGGCAGACAUUUUAAUACCUAUUUGUAAAUAACAUUCCUCAUUGCUACAAACAGUAUCAAUCAUGCUAGAUAUAUUUAUGUUGAAAAAAUGUUUCUCAUAAAUAAAAAAGGGAAAAAAAACACUUUUUUAUAGUGUGUGACUUGUGCCUUGCUUGAAGCUGAAAAUGCCCAGCUGAUGUCGUGAUGAUUUUUGUUGAGCUAAACAAAUUGUAAUAUUAAAUACUUACGAAAAACAGUGAUGUAAAUCAUUGUAUAGAUUAUUUAUGAUCUUAAAUUGAUAUUAUGUUCUAAGAAUUAUAACCAUUUAAAUGUGUCUUCAGCAUAUAUAUGUAUAUGGAUUUUUGACAAUUUUUUUUACUUAUUUUAAACUGAAGCCAUGAAAUAAAAUUAGUUAAAAGAUAAAGUAUUUUAAUUUGUUAUAUUUUUUUUAUCCUGUCAUUCAUUUCAUUUUAAUCUACAGAAAAUAUCAAGAAUUUAUCUUUUAACUAAUUUUAUUUACAAGUUUCACUGUUAAAACUUUACAUGAUACAUUGUCUUUUUACUAAAUGCCAUUUGACAAUUUGUAGUAUCUUUGUAACAUUACUUAUUGGACAGUAUAGUUGUAUAUAAUAUGUUAUGUGCAGAGAACAAAUUGUUUGUGUGCCUUAUGUUAUGUAUCGUGUAUUUGGUUAAUAAAACAGUUCAUUUUUAA